AAAAAAACAAAAAGAUGGUGUCCUUAACAUCAUCAUCUUCUUCAACACCAAAAAUAUCUUUUGAUUUAACAAAAAACAACAUCAGUACCAGUCUCAAUGUCCCCGUCUCUUCUUUUUCUUGUGAUUCUUCUUACUUGAGAACCAAGGAAGAAGCUGUCGUCACAACCAAGAAACCAAUGGAACUCUGCAAAACCCUAAACAUAAACAUCAAUCCAAAAGGUGAUCCAGAGCUUGUAGACGAGAAGAAAAUGGUGAAGAAAGCUCCUGAAGAUGCAGAGAUUGGUGUGUUUGGGGCUGAGAAGUACUUCAAUGGAGACAUGGAUUCAGACAAGAGUUCUAGUGUUCUGUCUCUGACAAAUCCAGAAGCUGAGAGAUUCGUUGAUGAUCUGAAGCAGAGCGAGAAGAAAUCUACUGGAGCGCCCAGUGUCCGCUCUGAAUCAAGCUGGAAUAGUCAGAGCAUGUUGCUUCAGAACAAAUCGGUGAAUAGCUGUAACGGUUCCUUGCAGGAGAAGAAACCCAAUAGUGGUCAGAUUCAAAAGGUGAACAACAGUAAGAAGAGUUUUCUUUCGAAUCUUGGAUGCAAAUGUGUGUGUUCCGAUGGGAUCUCAGUAGAUGUUGAUGAUAAGAACUUGGUCAAAAGAAGCUCUGAUCUGAUCAAGAUUCAAAAGCAAGAAGAGUUGGUGCAGAGGAAGUCUCUUGAAGUUGCUCAAAAGAAACUCACAUUGCCUCAAUGGGAAUCAAGAACAGAGGUAGAAGAAGACACAAAGAGUGAAGGAAGUGAUACAAGCUCUGAUCUCUUCGAGAUAGAUAAUCUUACAGGGAAACCUAAACCUUUUCUUGAAAGGCAAGUAAAUGAUUCGAUUUCAAGGCAAGGAAGUGAUUCAAUUUCUUCUACAUGUUAUGCUCCAAGUGAAGUAAGCAUAGAGUGGAGCAUAGUAACUGCGAGUGCUGCUGAUUUUUCUGUGAUGUCAGAAUGUGCAACAAGCCCUUUUGGAAGAAACAGGUUUCUUCAGAUCCCUCCUCGGAUCCCUACUAGAACUUCGCCGCAGAGACUGAAACCUAAUAGCAGUGGAAGUGGUGGUUUCUUGAGUUGCAAGAGUCAUAAGUCUGUUAUGGUUUAUGGUGAUUCAGACAGAAGAGGUAGUAUGAACAAGACAUCAUCAAGUUAUGUUCCGAGACAUCUCCAAGUUAUGGAGACUACUACAAAACGUAAUAGUUUUGAAACAAGAAGAAGGAUCAGCAACAGCUCACCAUCACCUCUUCUAUAUAGUCAGUACUGAUUAUAUAAUGUCUUGUUAAGUUAUUUUUUUUUAUCACUACUUCAUCUUCCACACGAAAAUAAAGUCGAUCAUUAAGGGUUUCUUAGAGAUAUCUCUUGCAUCUAAACACAGAUCCUUAAUGCAGCAAAAUGGUUAAGACAAAUAUCAAGAACUGGCUCCACCACGUUUUGUGGUUUUUGGAUUUGGUCUGAAGAAUAGAGAUUAAAGUUAUGUCUUAGCUUCAAAGGGGUUAAAUCAGUUGACACAAAGAGCUAUUAAUG